UGGUUACAGUACUUUGAUGGGUGUGGCCAACUAAAAAUUUUAUUUUUUCCCUGUUCUAGGGCACAGAGCAGAGCAGAAAUGGCAAGCGGUGGCCUAUUCUCAAAGCAGAGGACUUUCCGUCCUAAAAAGAAAUGGGAGAGAGGGACACUGAAGUACGAGCUACACAAACGAGCCAAGGCAUCUUUAAACGCCGGGCUUGACCUCAAGAAUGCUGUGGCCUUACCUGCUGAUGAAGAUGCUAACGACUGGAUUGCUGUUCAUGUUGUUGAUUUUUUUAAUCGUAUUAAUCUGAUUUACGGGACAGUCGGUGAGUUCUGUACUGAAUCAAGCUGCCCAGUUAUGUCUGGAGGACCAAAAUUUGAAUACUACUGGGCUGAUGAAGUUCAGAAAAAACCUCAAAAACUACCUGCAAACCAAUAUGUCACAAAACUUAUGGAAUGGAUAGAAAAACAAAUCAAUGACGAAAACAUUUUCCCUUCGCAAGUUGGUACGCCAUUUCCAAAGACGUUUUUAGCGACAUGCAAGAAGAUUCUAACCCGUUUGUAUCGAGUGUUUGUUCAUGUCUAUAUUCAUCAUUUUGAUAAACUCAUAGCUAUAGGAGCAGAGGCUCAUAUUAAUACGUGUUAUAAACAUUUUUAUUUUUUUGUUACUGAAUUUAAAUUGGUUGAUCCUAAAGAAUUUGAACCACUAAGAGAUAUGACUGCUAGAAUUUGCCGCUAAGAAGACACAAACUAUUAAUAACUAGCUGUUAAGAAUAAUUAAUUAAUUAUGUGAUAUAUAAUUAUUAUUUUAAUAAAAACAACAAGUGAACCAUGUACUG